GAAUUAUUGCGCUUGCGUAUACGUAUAAAUACUGGUUCUGGUAUAAAUAUGAUAAAAUGUAUUAUGCUGAUUAUGCUGCAUAAACAUAUACAUAUAUAUAGUUGAUAUAUAACGAUUCUGCAAAAUGAACAUCAAUUUUGAAGGAAAACGCAUUCUUGUCACUGGUGCUGGCCAAGGAAUAGGCAAAGAGUUGAGUAAACGACUUUCAAAUUGUAAAGCAACGGUCAUUGCUUUAUCUAAAACUCAAAAACACCUAGAUAAUUUAAAGGCGGAAAAUCCAAAGAUUGAAACAAUAUGCGCAGAUUUGAAAGAUUGGAAUGCAACAAGAAGAAUAGUGCAAAGUGUUUUGCCAAUUGACUUGUUGGUCAACAAUGCUGGUGUAGCUCUGUUGAAACCUUUUCUCGAAGCGACUUCAGAGGACUUUGAUCUCACUUUUGAUGUAAAUGUUAAGGCAGUAAUGAAUAUCUCGCAAAUAGUUGCAAAAGACUUGAUACAAAGAAAAAUGCCUGGAAGCAUUGUAAAUUUGUCUUCUCAGGCAAGUGAAGCAGCCCUUAAAAAUCACACUGUUUAUUGUGCUUCUAAAGGAGCCCUUCAAAUGUUAACGAGAAAUAUGGCUCUUGAACUUGGACCUCAUAAAAUUCGAGUGAAUUCUGUAAAUCCGACUGUGGUUUUAACCGAAAUGGGUCGACUUGGUUGGAGUAAUCCUGAGAAAGCCCAAGAAAUGUUACAUAAAAUCCCUCUAGGUCGUUUUGCAGAAGUCGAUGAAGUUGUAGACGCUGUUGUAUUUUUAUUAAGUGAUUUUAGUUCUAUGAUAAAUGGGAUUGCUUUACCAGUUGAUGGAGGCUUUUUAAGUACAUAAAUAUAGUAAUUCUAUUAACAGUCCACCCACAUGACAUGAGAUCUUCCGCUAGAGUUAUAUAUUAUAUUUAUAUACAAGUAGUACAAAUUUUUCUAUCAGGGUUUUUAGUUUUUCUAAACUUUUAUAUGAAUUGUAUAAUAUGUUAAAUAAAGUUCUUCUGCAAUCUCA